CAUCAAUCGUUCUAUGAACAUCGGACGGCCGAAAGCAGUCGCAGACGCAAUCACGGCUCUGCCGAUUCCUAAAAACUGGAUUGGAGUGGGAGCUCAAGUGAAUCAAAUACAGUUUGUUAACCGCUAUCUGCGACGACAUUUCCGGGAAGGUCCCGAGAACCUCAGUGAGACCUCCCUGCGAUGUAUCGGCAUAAGCCCCACAGCUCAAGCUAUACGCGCCCCCGCCAGAGUAAAUUGCAAGCUGGUUGAUUCACAUAGUGCAACCUUGUUGGGUGUGACACCGAUGAGAGAUCUCCAAUACCAUACACGGGAUGAAGUCCAGAAGGCUUUGGGUCACGGUUCGAUCCCAGGAACGAAUGAUCCAUCCCUGAGGAUCUACCAUUUGCUCCCAAUAACUUUUCCAGCACAUGAAUCACUGUGGACCUCACCCGAUCCUUUGGUCACUGAUGUGAUCAAAGUAUCGCGAUCCACGGAGCCUCAUCGACUUGGAACUCUCAUAUACAAUCGUUGCAGAGAUGGCGAGGAAGAUAUCACCGUUGUCGCUAGAGGUGACAUAGCGCUCGCUAUGGCUGUCAGAUCCAUCGCCAAAGCGGCUGCGAAGCUGGUAUCGUUUGAAGCAAAACGGCUUGUGGCGAUACCUGUAACGCUCAAACCGAAAUCUUUCCAAGAACUGCAGAUUUCAAUUCGAUGGAUAGAACUUCCACCAAGCUCAACCAAGUUGACGGAGGAGCUUCUCAGCGGGGGAAAGAGUAUUUCUGACGUUGCAACUCGAAGUUCAUGAUAUGCGCGGAGUGUGUUUCUGA